CACUAGCUAGUGCCCUCUCUUUGUUUCUUCAGCCCAUGUCAGUCUCAGCUGCUCCAGCACAACCAUUGGGGGAUCGAUUGUGUGAAAAUGGAUUUGAAUGUGUUAAAAUUCUCCCUGCCACCAAUGAUGCUCAUGGAGGAGUCAUUGUAGACUUAAAGGAGGCUAUGGACUCUGAUGUUUUUGCUACUUUGCUUAGAUCUUCUCUCCUACAUUGGAAGCAAUUGGGAAAAGAUGGGGUCUGGAUCAAGUUACCUAUCGAGCUGGUUCAUCUAGUUGAAGCUGCAGUUAAGGAGGGUUUUUGGUAUCACCAUGCUGAGCCAAGCUAUCUAAUGCUAGUUUAUUGGAUUCCGAAAACUGGCUGCACAAUACCUCCAAAUGCUUCCCAUCGUGUUGCAGUUGGUGCUAUUGUCUUAAAUGACAAGAAAGAGGUUCUUGUAGUUCAGGAAAAAAGAGGUGGAUUCCAUGGGAUUGGUGUCUGGAAGAUACCUACUGGAGUAGUUGAUGUGGGUGAGGAGAUUUUUGAAGCUGCAAUUAGAGAAGUAAAAGAAGAGACAGGAAUUGACACAGAAUUUGUGGAAAUACUAGCAUUCAGACACAUACACAAUUCAUUCUUUGGAAAAUCAGACCUAUCUUUUGUUUGCAUGCUGCGUCCUCUCUCUUUUGACAUCAAAAUGCAAGAACUGGAAAUUGAGGCAGCUCAGUGGAUGCCAUUCGAUGAAUUUGCUGUUCAACCUUUUAAUCAGAUGCACGAGCCCUUCAAGUACAUAAUUGAACUAUAUUUGGCAAAGGUGGAAAAGGUCUACAAUGGAUUCUCUCCGCGACCUGUCUCAUCAUAUUUUGUGGAGGAAUUGAAUUAUCUAUAUUUGAAUAGUCAUGACCUGGACAAAUCUUCCAAGCCAGCCUUGGCCAUCCAUAGGAGUUGAUUUUGAUAUUAGGGGAGAAAAACUCCAUGUGGUACUCUAAAGUUAUUUGUGUUUUAGUCCUUUGGGAAUUUCAGUCAUAAAUUAGUCUCUAAAAAUUUUCUGUCACCAUUUAAGUCCUUCAUAAGAACAAUGACAUUUUAAAUUUGAAACUAAUUUGGUGGCAAUUUUUGAAGAAUAAUAGUGACAUUUUAGAUCGUUGAGAAAUCAGUAGUGACCAAAAUUUUUAGAGGAUUAAUGUGAUGGCACAUGUAAUUUUAGAAGAUCAAAUUAAGGAUUUUCUCUUGAACGUUUGUAGUUUCUCCACAUAUCAUAAUUCCUGUAUGUUAGAUUUUGAGCAAAACUUAUAUAUUU